AUUUCCGGCACCGGCAUGGCGGGGUGAGCGGCUGUCUUCCUUAUUUAAGAUCGGGAAUUUAGUCAGCCUGGUGAGCGGACUCUGAGGAGAUGGAGUAUCGCUGAGGUGAUGGGAGAGAAUGUGGUCGUUAGCGACAUGGAGAGAGAAAGUGGGAAGCCCGUGGCUGUUGUCGCAGUUGUGACUGAGCCUCGGUUUACCCAGCGAUACAGAGAAUAUCUCGAGAGGCAGAAACUCUUUGAUACACAGCACCGUGUGGAAAAGAUGCCGGAUGGCUCGGUGGCGCUACCGGUGCUGGGAGAGACGCUUCCAGAGCAGCACCUGCAGGAGCUGAGAAAUCGUGUUGCCCCAGGCAGUCCCUGUAUGCUCACGCAGCUCCCGGAUCCUGUUCCUUCAAAGAGGGCCCAGGGUUGUUCACCUGCCCGAAAAUUGUGUCUUGAGGUGAGUCGCUGGGUGGAGGGUCGGGGAGUCAAGUGGUCAGCCGAGUUGGAGGCUGAUUUGCCCCGAUCAUGGCAACGGCAUGGUAAUCUCAUGUUGCUGAGUGAAGACUGUUUCCAAGCCAAGCAGUGGAAAAAUCUGGGACCGGAACUCUGGGAGACCGUUGCCUUGGCACUUGGCGUCCAGCGUUUGGCAAAACGAGGGCGGGUAUCACCCGAUGGUACUCGAACUCCAGCAGUGACACUGCUGCUGGGUGACCAUGGCUGGGUAGAGCAUGUAGAUAAUGGUAUCCGUUAUAAGUUUGACGUGACCCAGUGUAUGUUCUCCUUUGGAAACAUCACUGAGAAGCUUCGAGUGGCAUCGUUGUCCUGUGCUGGAGAAGUGCUGGUGGAUCUCUAUGCAGGGAUUGGUUAUUUUACAUUGCCUUUCCUAGUUCAUGCUGGUGCUGCCUUCGUCCAUGCUUGUGAGUGGAAUCCCCAUGCUGUAGUUGCUCUGAGAAAUAACCUUGAGAUCAAUGGAGUAGCAGAUCGGUGCCAAAUACACUUUGGAGAUAACAGAAAACUGAAGCUCUCAAAUAUUGCAGAUAGGGUGAUCCUGGGGCUGAUUCCCAGCUCUGAAGAAGGCUGGCCCAUUGCCUGCCAAGUGUUAAGGCAGGAUGCUGGAGGCAUUUUGCAUAUCCACCAAAAUGUGGAAUCUUUCCCAGGGAAGAAUCUUCAGGCUCUUGGAGUCAGCAAAAUAGAGAAAGAGCAUUGGCUGUAUCCUCAGCAAAUUACCACCAACCAAUGGAAAAAUGGAGCUACCAGGGAUUCUAGGGGAAAAAUGCUGUCACCAGCCACCAAACCAGAGUGGCAAAGGUGGGCAGAAUCUGCAGAAACUCGAAUCGCCACUCUUCUUCAGCAGGUGCAUGGGAAGCCGUGGAAGACACAAAUUCUGCACAUCCAACCAGUGAAAUCCUAUGCUCCCCAUGUGGAUCACAUAGUCCUGGAUCUGGAAUGCUGCCCCUGUCCUUCAGUUGGCUAGAGGAGGUAGAUCCUGGGACACAUGGGAUCCAUGUGCGAGUGGCCCUUAAUGUAUCAGUUCAGUCCAGGUUGUCAUCCCUUUUGUCCCCUGGUGAUCAGUUUUUUCCAUAUUUUGUAGCCCUGAAAGCAGGCUCUAGAUCAAUUCAAAUUAUUUCAUUUGUCUUUCAUUGAUAAAAUAGAAAAUGAAAUACCUAUUUGGGAGAAGCAGCAUGGCCCAUUGAAAUGAGGCUCAUCUGUGCAAUUAUGAAUUCCAAAUUCUGACCUCAGUUGUGGAAUUGAAGUUUCAGUACGUUUUGGCCUCGGGUUUCGUUAUUUGCAAAAUGAGAGUUUCUUUGAACUGUCUCAUGUGACUAUUUAUUAAGCAACUAUACACAGGACAUUGGUUAUUUUAGAGUGAAAGACACAGUGCUUUUUCCGAAUUGCUCUGGCUGCCAUAUAGAAAAUUGACUGGAAGAGGGCCAAGAUGGAAACAGGGAGACCAGUGAGGAGGCUUCUGUGGUUGUCCAGGUCUGAGGUGAUGGUAACUUGGACUCGGGUGGUGGUAAUGGGAGGUAGAUUGAUAUGAUAAAUAAAAUUAACAGACCAAG